AAGUUGUAAUCAGACACGUGACAGCGCGCACGGGACGGUGGCUUUUCCCUCGGACGGUUUUUUGGUUUUUGCUGCAGCGAUGCUGAACCCGCAGAGGUCUCUGAGUGAGCUGCCGCGGAUGUCGGCUGCCAGCCAGGUGGAGAGAGCGGUGCUGGAGGAGGAAUUCAGUUGGCUUUUGAAAGAAGAAGUGCAUGCUGUCCUGAAGCAGCUCCAGGACGUCCUCAAGGAAGCGUCCAGACGGUUCUCCAUGCCACCACCAACUCUGGAGGGUCAGCUGAAACAGGAGAACUUCAUCCUUGGCAGCUCAACCAUGGAUCAGGUGAAGGGGGUUCUGACUCUGCAGGGAGAGGUUCUGACUCAAGCUGAUAUAAACUUGAAGGUUGCCAAGAGCAGCCAGGUGCAGCACUUUCAGUUCAGGGACGACAAACACUGGAAACUGCAGCAGAUCCAGGAUGCGCGGAACCACGUCAGCCAGGCCCUUCAGCUGCUCAGCAGUCACAAUGAGAGCUACCACUUCAAGACCGGGGCCGAGGUCAACAAGCUGAUGGACGCAGUGAUGCUCCAGCUGACACGAGCACGGAACCGGCUGACGACCCCGGCCUCCAUGACGCUGCCCGAGCUAGCUGCCAGUGGCCUGAUGAAAAUGUUCACGCCUCCAAUGCCCGGAGAUGUUAUGGUCAAUUUUUACAUCAACCUAAGCAAGCUGUGCCUGAACUGGUACCAGCUUCACAUCUUACCACCCAACACUACCAAGAAUUUCAAGCCAGCUGGAAGCUCCAUGUUGCACAACCCAGGGGCAAUGUUUGAGCUUAACAACAACCGGUUUGAGGUGAGCCACGUCCAUAAGGUGGAGUGUGUGGUGCCGUGGCUGAAUGACACGCUGGUUUUCUUCACCAUCUCCCUGCAGCUCUGUCAGCAGCUCAAAGACAAGAUCUCCGUCUUCUCCAGUUUCUGGAACUACAGACCCUUCUGAGGCCGCUGCAGUCGCGCACGAGGAUCGGUCCACCCUGGCAAACCUGUGCGAGACAUCUUUUAUUUCUGUAUUUCUUGUCCAGUUUGAUGUCUUGCAUGCUUUCGUGGAGCCAGUCAAGUCCCGGCAGACCUCAAGCGACGGGUGCGUCUCACGUCGUUGCACUCAGCUGAGUUCUGAUUUUAUUUUGUUGCCGACUGUCGUAAUCAAAUAGCUGCUCUCUUUGUGAAGAAACACUUUGUGUCCUGUGAGGAAAAUGUCCUGUACUCAAACUGAAUACCUGUUCCCACACUUACGUAUAACCACGACAUCCUGUCGUGGGAAGUGCGCGCUUCUCCACGAGUGUGAGCUAACAUGCCGUUAUUAACAGGUAACACUCUUUUGGUCCGAUUCUUUUUCAGUUCUUGAUCAUUGCACUGACACAGUGGCUUUGAUGUCACAUGGCACACAAGCUUCCUGCGUGGAACUGGGAGAAAACACGCCAUGCUCAAUUAGAGGAACCGAUAACAUCUGACGCACACGAUUACGAUGGGUGGAAACAUUCCAGAAAACUUCCCAAUGACGUCACAGCGUGUAGGAUGGCAUUAUGAUCUUCAUGGAAACGCCAAGGAUUGCCGAAGCAUGUCAGAGGGAAUAUCUGGAAAAUCGUACUGCCUUUAAAAUGGUGACGGAAUUUCCCGGUUCAUCACAGGAAGGACAAAGUUUGAAACCGUACGCGCUCCUGCUCAGAAUUUCAUGGAACAGAUGUAUCUUCUCUGUAUCUCUGUGAAUUCAGUCAGUAACGGCACUGAACUCCCAGC